GUGGCCGAGCUGCAGGGCCUCGCCUUUGUGGUGGUAGAGAGAGAAGAUGGCUCCCGUUCUGGAGAAACAGCUCCCGGGCGCAGCCGGGACAGGCGACAAUAACAACGAAGAGGAAGAAGGACAAAACCUUUGGACCUCAAUACUGAGUGAAGUAUCAACUAGGUCGAGCUCAAAGUUGCCGUCAGGAAAAAACAUUCUUGUAUUUGGAGAGGAUGGAUCAGGAAAAACAUCGCUUAUGGCCAAACUUCAGGGAGCGGAUCAUAGCAAGAAAGGGAGGGGACUGGAGUAUCUGUACUUGAACGUCCAUGACGAAGACCGGGAUGACCUUACGCGCUGUAAUGUUUGGAUCUUGGACGGGGACCUGUACCACAAAGGCCUUCUUAAGUUUGCUGUUACGGCUCAGUCGCUACCUGACUGUCUAGCUGUGUUUGUUGUGGAUAUGUCACGGCCCUGGACCAUCAUGGAGUCCCUGCAGAAGUGGGCCAGCGUGCUGCGCGACCAUGUGGACAAGCUCAAGAUUCCUCCAGAGGACAUGAGAGAAAUGGAGCAGAAGAUGGUGAAAGCUUUCCAGGAGUACUCAGAACCCGAGGACGCCACCCCAUCGUCCCCACAGCGACGGGCUCCGCCAGCAGGGGAGGACGAGGCCAUCGUGCUGCCGCUUGGGGACAACACACUCACACACAACCUGGGCAUUCCAGUGCUAAUAGUUUGCACAAAGUGUGAUGCAGUCAGCGUACUAGAGAAGGAGCAUGACUACAGAGAGGAGCACUUCGACUUCAUCCAGUCCUACAUCAGGCGGUUUAGCUUACAGUACGGAGCCGGCCUGAUCUACACGUCGGUGAAGGAGGAGAAGAACCUGGAUCUGCUCUACAAAUAUAUAGUACAUAAGAUGUAUGAGUUUCAGUUCGUCACACCUGCCUUAGUGGUGGAGAAGGAUGCAGUGUUCAUUCCAUCUGGAUGGGAUAAUGAGAAGAAAAUUGGGAUUUUGCACGAAAACUUCACAACAGUGAGACCAGAAGAUCCAUUUGAAGAUUUUAUCACAAAACCUCCAGUACGAAAGCUGGUUCAUGACAAAGAGAUAAAUGCGGAGGAUGAGCAGGUAUUCCUCAUGAAGCAACAGUCUUUGUUAGCCAAGCAACCAGCCACGCCAACAAGAGGAGCAACAGAGUCUCCAGGACGGACAUCCUCAGGGUCCCCCAGGCCUGCGGGUCGCGCUGGCCAACCCACCGUAACCAGCGGCUCGCCCAUGGCUGCGGUCAAGAAGCCUGACCCCAACAUGAAAGCGGGGGCGGCCAAUGAGGGAGUGCUGGCUAACUUCUUCAACAGCCUGUUGAGUAAAAAGACUGGAGCCCCUGGGAGCCCAGGAAGUGGAGCAGUUGGAGCUGGAGUACAAGGGUCUGCCAAGAAAACAGGGCAGAAGCCGGGUUUGACUGACGUCCAGGCCGAGUUGGACAGGAUGACUCGCAAACAAGACUCCAUGGUUUCCGCUAACAACAUACCACCGCCGACAGAGAACGAAGCGUGAAGGCAACAAAAAACAGCUGCAUCGUCCACUGCGUUUAAAUAUUCUGGAUAAAAAUAUAUGUACAUGUCAGCAUAAAAGAAAAAAAAAAAAAUGACCAAAUUCCCAACGCCUAUAUCAGUCAGCGCACACACACACACACAAGUGGUUUCACCAAAUGAGUUUCAGAUGCUAUCAGACGUACUGGUGAGAUGGGAAGAGAGAGAAGGGGGGGGGGGGGGAGAUACCGGAGGUGUUAGUGAGAUGAUAAGUGCUGAAGGCUUGGCUUUGUUUCUGUCCUCUCUUCCACUGUAAAUGUUAUUUUGUGAGGGAUGUCAGUUUAUGUGUGCACACUCCCUGGCAGCCAGCCUGCUUGUGCUGGGCUGCAGGUCCCACCUCCCCCCAGCAGUUUAGUUUCUGGGGUGAAAGCUGCUCUUCUCCUCGUCGGGAUUUAAAGAGCGGUGACAUACUGGUCCUGUAGCCUCUGGUUUCACUUUAUCUCAUGGAAGGAAUUUAGGUUGCAAUUGGAACGGUAUUUAAACAUUAAAUAUAUUAAUUGAGCAUUUAAAAAUACUUGCAAACGUAUGUCGUAUGUAAAAAGUAAAAAAAAAAAAAAAAAUUGUUGGAUAUGAUGUAUUUAUACGAAGUUCCUUCUCUUUAUUUUAUUUUGUGCACCGUUUAUUGGUUGAAAGGAAAACAUCCAUCUGUAACAUGUAAUAAUGCCACUGACAUCAUGACACUAACUUGUCCAGAUAGCGAAUCAUAUCAUUUCCCUAGACAUCUCGAAGGAUUCUGUAAAUAUAAAUACGAAAGAAAGAAAGAAAAAAAAAAAAUAUUCAGGUUAACUUGAUUUUUUUUGUAUAAAAUGCAUUUCUGUCCAAAUUGAGAAUAGCUUCUUUGACUAAAUGAGACUGGCUGGGAUUUGACGGGCUUGGAGGUUUUCGGCAGAAUCGCUUCUUUAGCUACAGGUGUGUGUAUAUUUGGGGAGGGGGUUGGGCAGCAUCUUUCCUACUAUAACUCCUAAGUGCCUCGCACAGUUAGCCGUUUGUGUCAUAGUAGAGGUGCUUGUCUGCGCAAGAGGAAAUGCACUGUAGCACCAUCAGCUGAAAGUUUUUUUUUUUUUUUUGUCCAUUUCUUGUCAUCUGAAUAAUUUAUUUCGUUUUACAUUUUUGUUAAUGUACAAACAAGCCUGUGGUCUCUUGUUGUUUUUUUUUUUCAGAAAUAAGAUUUCUGUGGCCUAGUUCAUAGUGUUUAAAUAGAUUGAACGCCUUCAUUCAUACAAACUGUAAAGGCUGCUGAUAUUAUUAAGAAGAAACCACACAACGCGGGGUGCCCCCACACUUAACUGUGGUCGAAACCACUCGUUUGCAGCCAAAAUACACACACACACGCGACUGUUUUUGCUGUGGUUUGAACAAAAACAAGAUAUUGUUUCCUUUUCGGUGUUUGAUGGCACUGUCCUCCUUCGGUUUCAUGUGUUUUAUUCACACUUGACGAGAUCAGGUUAAAAAACAUUCCCAAUUUUCUAGCUGUUAGAAACACAUCCCAUCAUUUCUUAUUAUUUCUUUCUGGUCCUCUUUUUUUUUUGUGUAAGUGCCCAUUUAAAAUGACAACCUUUGCCUUCGAUGUACAGCUAACAGUUUGUCACGCUCGGCACCCUGCCUUCACAGCAAAAUGCUCUUCAUUACUUUGUGUGUCCUUAAGGGGUUGCUUAACUGUCUUAUGUAAUUUCUAUUCUUCUUCUCUCUUUUUUUUUUUUUUUUUUAAUUAAACCAAUUAUACUGUACCAUAUCAAAUAACCUGUAACAACAUAUAUGGUUUCAUGACGCCAUAAUCAAAAAUGAAUUAAGUGUAUAAUGUCAUUCUUAAGCCUGUAUGCAAAGGCCCUUAAUCCUAUGGAUAGUGAGUAGCUUUUACAGAAUUACUGGCAAGCGUGAAGAGAAGCAGCUAUUUGCUAUUCAGACAAUGGCAAAAAGUGACAACUGGAGUGAAUUGGAACAUGGAACCAAAGAUGCAUAUUAGUCACUAUUUUCUGUAUUUUUUUGUUGUUGCUAGUCAUCUAGGAGAUUAACCGGUGGCUGUUUGUACCUUCUAGCCUGCAUGGAGUCCUUCGCAUUCCAAACAUCUGGCCUGCUCGAAAAACCUCUCUCUAAUAACACCCUAUAAAAAUGUUAGUGUGGCUUACUCUGCUUAACCGAGCGUGGAGUUUUAACAGGCGCGGGAGAAACGCCGUGAAUGUGUUACAGUAGAGUAAUAUUAUCAUCUACAGCGAGUACACUGUCAGCAACGUUAAGGGAAUAACAACAGAACCGUGUCGGGUGUACAGUCUGAUUUAUGCAUUGUCAAAAAAAAAAAAAAAAAAAAAAAACGGAUGCUACGCGACAACUCUUGGGUUUACUUUGAUCAAAAUGAAGCUCUUAUUUUUUUUAUUUUAUUUUAUUUUAUUUUAUGUGACUGGGUGGAACGUGCACCUGAGGGUCUGUUGCUGAAGUAGAUGAAGCACAAUUUAAGAACAGCCGGGAGCAAUACCACCACAUGUUGAAAUAAGCACUUUUCCUCGGACACUUAUACUCGUUCCCUGUUGCUGCAGUUAAAGAUACAGAAUGCAUAUUAUUUCCUUUUUUUUUUUUUUUUUUUUUGUUGCCUUGCCUUCCUAGAGCGUUUUGUAAUGAACCAAGAAGUCGACGUACAUAGUAACACUGCAUUAUUUAUCUGCAUUCGCUGCUGAAGAAGAUAUGGACGGUGCCCCCAGGUGGUUAACUGUGGAAUUAACUCCUUUCUACUGUACAUUUUCUAUCAGUCUUCUCGUCAUCAUUGCCACCACGAUUUUUUUUUUUUUUUUUUUUUUUUUGCUAUGGAUGUUUUUGGGGCAUCUGGAAGUAGAUAAACCAAAUAAAUGUCCUCUCAUUUUCAAGUGUGUCUUUUUUUUGCUCAUGAAUCGUCCCCUUGCUUGUGUUUACACCUCACUUAAAGCAUGUUUUGUCUAUGUCCACUAUGUUUUUUUUUUUUUUUUUGGCCCAUGUAAAGCUUCUGUGUUAAAGACAUUUUUAAAUGUCACUCAAACAUGACUGACCGCCCUGACUUCUGUUUGACGAUCAAUGGCCACACUUGUUAAAUUUGGCGUUUAGCCGAGCGGACGACCGAGAGUCUCCUCUUGGUUUCCAAGUUGCACUUGCUGUUUCUUCCCGAGACUGAAUAAUGAAAAGCUGUUGUAACUUUUGUACUCGGACGUCAGUUCAAAGCCUCUUCACAUCUUAACUGAAUUGCCUUCGACCACUAUUGACCGUCGACAACCCUCAAGACUUUGAGCUUCUGCUUCCAGUCCUUUUGUAUUACGGAUAUAUCGGGACAUUGUAAGCACAUGGCUGGCUGCUGUUGUUUUUUUUUUUUUUUUUUUUUUCCUUUUCUCCUCGUGUGUGUUCUGGAAUUAAUUCAGAAGUUUGAUUGUAUGACUUUAACACAAUUCUGUAGCCUCUCAAGCUGCCAUGUGGAUUUUAGCUUCUUACGCCGACAAAGAUAAGGAAAAUGUUUAUCAGACCCCUGGCUUCAAUAAAACCAAGAAUCCAAACUA